ACUGCAGCUACACUCCACUUUUUUUUUUUUUUUUUUUUUUGACUUGAAAAAACACGCAUGCUGCCUGAUCGUCCCCUGCGUGGAAAUGCAGCCUGCAUUCACCUUCUGCUGGAUUGCUCUUUUUCAGAAGAGAAGUGAUGGGAAUUAUAAGAAGUGGACAGCGACACAGGUGGAGACACGGCAACGUGUCCGCCGCGGCGAGUCCGAAUAGCGGCGAGGGUCUUUGAAGGUGACGUUGCUGGAGAUUUGGCAGAACCCGUUGGAGAAGCGGCUUGCAGAAGCAUCCAAGAGGAUGAGGAUCAAGUACGGCAUACUCGUCGUCUUCUUCCUGGCGCUUGUUAUCAUUGAGAAGGAGAGCAACAUCAUCUCCAGGGUCACGGAUAAGCUGGCGUCCAGGCAGACCCCCCAGACUCCGAUACAACCAGGGGGCUUGCCCAGCACGGCAAGAAAGCACAAUGCUUCCGUGGCCUCCGCCUUCAAGCUGAUGAAGUGGCGCCUGGAAAACUUCAAUGACUACCAGGCGGCAAAUGGCAGGAAGCAUAUCCUCCUCUUAGCCACCACCAGGACGGGCUCCUCUUUCGUGGGCGAGUUUUUCAACCAGCAGGGCGACAACAUGUUCUACCUGUAUGAGCCGCUGUGGCACGUGGAGAACAUGCUGACGCUUGCGGCGGGCGGCACCAAUGCCACAGCCGUCACCAAUGCCUACCCCGAGGUGCUAAGACAGCUCUUCCACUGUGACUUCACCCUGUUUGAGAGCUUCAUUAACCCCCUCCCCAUAGAUCACAUUACCCCCUCGCUGUUCCGUAGGAAGUCCAGCAACUCCCUGUGCGAGGAGGCGGUCUGCAGCCCCUUGGUAAAAGGGGUCUAUGAGCGAUAUCAUUGCAGGAACAGGCGCUGUGGGCCCCUCAACCUGACCUUGGCGUCAGAGUCCUGCCUCCACAAGGAGCAUAGAGCCAUUAAGUCCGUGAGGGUGCACCAGCUGGAAAUCCUCCGCCCCCUCAUGGAGGACCCACGUUUGGACAUGAAAUUCAUCCAUCUGGUUCGGGAUCCCCGCGCCGUGCUCGCCUCCCGCAUGGUGGCCUUUCCUGCAAAAUACAAGAACUGGAAGCAGUGGAUCAUGGACAGCGACGUGCCCCUUGACAAAAACGAGGUUAAGAAGCUGAAAAACAACUGCGACACCAUUAGAAUAUCGGCCCAGGCGGGCCUGAGGCGGACGGCGUGGCUGCGCGGGCGCUACAUGCUGGUACGCUUCGAGGACAUUGCCCGCUUCCCCAUGAGGAAGGCCGGCGAGAUGUACAAGUUCGCCGGGAUCCCCUUCACGCCGCAGGUUAAGGCGUGGAUCCUGAAAAACACGCAGGCCUCCAAGAAGACGAGCGGCCUCUACUCCACGCAGAAGAACUCCUCUGAGCAGGUGGAGAACUGGAGGUUCACGCUGCCCUUCAAAAUAGCACAGUUGGUGCAAGAAGUCUGCGGGCCUACGCUGAAGCUUUUCGGCUAUAAAUUUGUCUCAACCGAGGAGAUGUUAAGGGACAAGUCCAUAAGUUUAAAUGAAGAUAAAGUUUUUGACUUUGUAUAGACCUCCAGAGCAGGGAUAUUUAACUAGACUAUUUUGGGGGUGAAGAAGGAGCUGAGCCAGUAGGCAAAGCUCUCAAUUUACCAGUCGAUCUAUGUUCCCAUCCUCACCUAUGGUCAUGAGCUUUGGGUUAUGACCAAAAGGACAAGAUCACGGGUACAAGCGGCCCAAACAGGUUUCCUACGCAGGGUGACUUACAGCAAGGGUGAAAAUCUCUGUCAGCCGCUGCCAGAUGAGGUGGUUCGGGCAUCUGGUCAGGAUGCCACCCGAAUGCCUCUCUAGGGAGGUGUUUGGGGCACGUCCGAUCGGUAGGAGGCCACGGGGAAGACCCAGAACACGUUGGGAAGACUAUGUCUCCCGGCUGUCCUGGGAAUGCCUCAGAAUCUCCCGGGAGGAGCUGGACGAAGGGCCUGGGGAGAUUGAAGUCUGGGCUUCUAUGCUUAGGCUGCUGCCCCUGCAACCCAACCUCGGAUAUGUGGAAGAAAAUUGAUAGAUACUUUGGGGGCCACAUUUCCAUAAAGCUAAGGACAGUUCACUAUUAUUGUUAUUUUGUCUCUUCCUUAGUGGAUAUUUUGGUCUGAGUUACACGUCUUCAAAGGGGAACAUUAUCACAAUUUCAGAAGGGUUAAAACCAAUAAAAAUCAGUUCCAAGUGGCUAUUUUUAUUUUUCGAAGUUUUUUUCCAAAUUUUACCCAUCCCAGAAUAUCCAUAAAAAAAGCUUUAAAGUGCCUGAUCUUCGCUAUCUGUAAAUCCAGCCGUCCAUUUUCCUGUGACGUCAUCCAGUGAUGCCAAUACGGAUAGCACAGCAUGAUAUAGCGACAUUAGCUCGGAUUCAGACUCGGAUUUCAGCGGCUUAAGCGAUUCAACAGAUUACGCAUGUAUUGAAACGGAUGGGUUGGAGUAUGGAGGCAGAUAGCGAAAACAAAAUUGAAGAAGAGACUGAAGCUAUUGAGCGAAUAGCUAUUGACGCUAUUCGGCCAUUUCUGCCUUAGCAUCGCCGGUAAAGUGUGCAGACCAACGAUCGGAAGUUUCGCAUCUUGUGACACUGGAUCAACUUGAAUCCAUCGAUUGGUAAGUGUUUGUUUGGCAUUAAAUGUGGGUGGAGGGAAACGCUGGAUGUAAAUAUAACUUCAAAUGUACAUACAGCUAGCGUAAAUAGCAUUUUAGCAUCGAUUAGCAUAGCAUGUUAGCAGCGAUUAGCUGGCAGUCAUGCCGCGACCAAAUAUUUCUGAUUAGCACAUAAGUCAAUAACAUCAACAAAGCUCACCUUUGUGAUUUUGUUGACGUUAUCGUUGGAAAUACAUCUGCAGGUUAUCCAUUCAUCUCUGUGCCAUGUCUGCCUUAGCAUCGCCGAUAAAAUGUGGAGACACUCCGGCACAUUCAGUGGGGGUCUGGUGGCAGAUUUCUUUGACUUUAUCGUUGGAAAUGCAUCUGCUUUGAGUGUCGCACGAUAUCCACACAAUCUUGCGAUCUCUCUAGUAGCAUAGCUUUCAUCGGUAAAGUGUGCGGAACAAACGACUGACUAUUUCGUCGGCUUUCCCCACACCCUCGUAUUUUGAACAAAUUUUGUCCAAUUUCUUGCCACUUUCGCAUCUUUGGGCCAGUGGUGCAACUUGAAUCCCUCCCUGUUAGUGUUGUUACACCGACGAGGCAUGAUGUCUCCAAGGUUCCAGAAAAUGGUCGCAAAAACGGAAAAUAACAGAGCUGAGAGCCGGUGUUUGUAAUGUGUUUGAGAAAAUGGCAGCUUUAUUACCUAAGUGACGUCAGAGAGCGAUAAAUAGAAAGGUGUUUAAUUCGCCAAAAUUCACCCAUUUAGAGUUAUGAAAUCGGUUAAAAAAAUAUAUGGUCUUUUUUCUGCACCAUCAAGGUAUAUAUUGACGCUUACAUAGGUCUGCUGAUAAUGUUCCCCUUUAAAUACGUACUGCAAAAAUGGUAGUCAAAGCACUCGACACUGUAAGACAUGUUUUACAGUGAUUUUGCGAUUAAAAAAAUCCCCCAAAAACUGGCAGCUCAGUCAUCAGAAAUUAACGUUUUUUUCAUAUACAGUACGGUAUUUUCCGGACCAUAGGGCACAUCGGAUUAUAAGGCGCACCGCCGAUGAAUGGUCUAUUCUGAUCUUGUUUCAGAUAUUAGGCGCAUCAGAUUAUAAUCCUUGUGGUUUACGUAACAUGUAAUGGUAGUUCUUUGGUCAAAAUAUUGCAUCGAUGAUGUUUUACAGAUCAUCUUUAAGACGCUUUCUGACAGUCGCUUCCGAAUGCGCCGUUUUGUGGGCGGUCCUAUUUACAUGGCUCACCUUCGGCAGCGUCUUCUCCCCGUCAUCUUUGUUGUAGCGGUGUAGCGUGCAAGGACGGGAGUGGAAGAAGUGUCGAAAGAUGGAGCUAACUGGUUUAAUGACAUACAGACAUUACUUAAAUCAAUAACGGAGCAGCAUCUCCUCAUCCGGAAACAACAACACCGGAAAUGUGUCCAGUGAAAAAAAGUCCGACCGGAACUCUAAUAACUAAAGUUCCUUGGGUGAAUAAUGUAAAGUCACUACACCGGUAUGUUUUAGCGCUUUCAUGGCGAGUUUACUGACAGAUGUAAGGAGGAACUUUACACUACUUUAUAUUACAAAUGGCAACAGUGGAGGAUGAAUAUCCCAUAACAAGAAGAUAGAGAAAAAGAAGAAAAUUAUCGACAACGGCGUCAAACGGACUACAAAGGCGGACGCGCACAAUUUUUCAGGAUUUACGCAGAUCCCAAAAACACAUCGUAGGUACCAGAAGCUAAGAAAAGUUGCUUUUGCAUAAUAUUGCGAAACAAAACGGCAGUUACAUUUUUUUACCUUAUACACACACCAUAAUAAUACUCGUAUGUUUAAUGCGCCGACAAUCCUUCUAGCCGUGCGGCUUCAUAGCUUACCAAAGUCGUACUAAAAACAUUUCGAUUGAAUUUUGAGCGCCGUGUGUAAUGUUCUAUAUUUUUGAUGGGACAUUUAAAAAUGUUGGUUUUGUUUACUUGAGACACAUGAUAGUGCAAUCUAGAAGUAUCUCUUAUGUUUGACUGCCAUCUCCUGGUUCGAUUGAUUGAAACUUUUAUUAGUAGAUUGCACAGUACAGUACAUAUUCCGUACAAUUGACCAGUAAAUGGUAACACCCCAAUAAGUUUUUCAACUUGUUUAAGUCGGGGUCCACGUUAAUCAAUUCAUGGUAACACUUAACAUUACACCAUUUACCAAAUCAAGUUGCUUCGAGGUCGGUAAUCGCACCGGGUUAUAACAUGCACCGUCGAGUUAUGAGAAAAAAACAAAACAGAUUUUAAGUGCGCCUUAUAGUCUGGAAAAUACGGUAAUGCACGAUCCAAAAAAUAAUCAUAUUGUGGAGGUUGCCCUAACGUGGGUCCUCCAGACCACCAAACAUCGCCAUGCGAGCCCACAUCAGGGUUACAAUAAAGUCUUUAUUUUUUAAUUGUGCCGCAGGUUGCUUUCCAGCAAUUGUCCUUUGUCGCUCUCGCUCCAAAAAAACUCUCUCCUCCCGGCUGCUGUUUAUACAGAGCGACAGGACAACAACACCCACCUGGGCCAUCUACGCACCUGUCGCUGACUUCGAGGCCGGUCCUGGCACACCCCAUUCCACUGCAGGCCCGCAAGCCACGCCCCCUCCACACAUACAAACCCCGUUUCCACAUGAGUUGGGAAAUGGUGUUAGAUGUAAAUAUAAACAGAAUACAAUGAUUUGCAAAUCCUUUUCAAGCCAUAUUCAGUUGAAUAUGCUACAAAGACAACAUAUUUCAUGUUCAACUGAAAAACAUUUUUUUGUUGUUGCAAAUAAUCAUUAACUUUAGAAUUUGAUGCCAGCAACAUGUGACAAAGAAGUUGGGAAAGGUGGCAAUAAAUACUGAUAAAGCUGAGAAAUUCUCAUCAAACACUUAUUUGGAACAUCCCACAGGUGUGCAGGCUAAUUGGGAACAGGUGGGUGCCAUGAUUGGCUAUAAAAGCAGCUUCCAUGAAAUGCUAAGUAAUUCACAAACAAGGAUGGGGUGAGGGUCACCACUUUGUAAGCAAAUUGUCAAACAGUUUUAGAACAAAAUUUCUCAACGAGCUAUUGCAAGGAAUUUAGGGAUUUUACCAUCUACGGUCUGUAAAAUCAUCAAAAGGUUCAGAGAAUCUGGAGAAAUCCCCGCACGUAAGCGAUGAUAUCACGGAUCGUUGAUCCCACAGGCGGUACUGCAUUCAAAACAGACAUCAGUGUGUAAAGGAUAUCACCACAUGGGCUCAGGAACACUUCAUAAAACCACUGUCAGUAACUACAGUUGGUCGCUACAUCUGUAAGUGCAAGUUAAAACUCUACUAUGCAAAGCAAAACCCAUUUAUCAACAACACCCAGGAACGCCGCUGGCUUCUCUGGGCCUGAGCUCAUCUAAGAUAGACUGAUGCAAAGUGGAAAGGUGUUCUGAGGUCUGAUGAGUCCACAUUUCAAAUUAUAUUUAGAAACUGUGGAUUUUGUGUCCUCUGGAACAAAGAGGAAAAUAACCAUCCGGAUUGUUAUAGGCGCAAAGUUCAAAAGCCAGCAUGUGUGAUGGUAUGGGGGUGUAUUAGUGCCCAAGGCAUGGGUAACUUACACAUGUGUGAUGGUAUGGGGGUGUAUUAGUGCCCAAGGCAUGGGUAACUUACACAUCUGUGAAGGCACCAUUAAUGCUGAAAGGUACAUACAGCUUUUGGAUAGAUAGAUGGAUAGAUAGAUAGAUAGAUCUUUAUUGAUUCCUUCAGGAAUCAAUAAAGUACUAUCUAUCUAUCUAUCUAUCUAUCUAUAUAUCUAUCCAUCUAUAUAUCUAUCUAUCUAUCUAUCUAUCUAUCUAUCUAUCUAUCUAUCUAUCUAUCUAUCUAUCUAUCUAUCUAUCUAUCUAUCUAUCUAUCUAUCUAUCUAUCUAUCCAAGAGCAACAUAUGUUGUCAUCCAUGCAACGUUAUCAUGGACGCCCCUGCUUAUUUCAGUAAGACAAUGACAAGCCACGUGUUACAACAGCGUGGUUUCGUAGUAAAAGAGUGCGGGUACUUUCCUGGCCCGCCUGCAGUCCAGACCUGUCUCCCAUGGAAAAUGUGUGGUGCAUUAUGAAGCGUAAAAUAGGACAGCGGAGACCCCGGACUGUUGAAGGACUGAAGCUCUACAUAAAACAAGAAUGGGAAAGAAUUACACUUUCAAAGCUUCAACAAAUAGUUUCCUCAGUUACCAAACGUUUGAGUGUUGUUAAAAGAAAAGGUGAUGUAACACAGUGGUGAACAUGCCCUUUCCCAACUACUUUGGCACGUGUUGCAGCCAUGAAAUUCUAAGUUAAUUAUUAUUUGCAAAAAAAAAAAAAGUCUUUGUAGCAUAUUCAACUGAAUAUGGCUUGAAAAUUAUUUGCAAAUCAUUGUAUUCUGUUUAUAUUUACAUCUAACACAAUUUCCCAACUCAUGCAAACGGGGUUUGUAUAUUUAAUGGUGGAUAAAAAACUAAACGGGCAGAUCAAUUGUAUGAGUUUUACUGUCAAAAUAACAAUGAUACCGUUUUUCAAUUAACAGUCAUUCGGUGUAAAAACCACCGUCAAUUUUGCCGUUUAAAUUCUGGCAAGUGAACUGAUAUUUUUUUGUUUUUUUUUUUACUGUAAAAAUCUACAGCAGUGUAGCGUGUUCGGGAAUCUUCUGCAAAAAAAAAACAAAAAAAAAAUGAGACUCCCGCAAACCGUCAGUUGAAUAGACCCUGCUCUAGAGUCAUUUAUUUAUUAGCUUCUCUUUUUUUUUUAUUUAACAUAUUUAAAACAGUGUUGUUCCUGGAGGUCAAAGUUCCCUUUUUUUGGGUUUUUUUUUUUUUGCACUCCUGACUAUUUGGUCAACACAGCCAACAUGAACGUUCCUAAAAGAGAAAGUAAAUGAGGGUUGUAAACGUUGACGCGCAGCUUCUGACUUGUUUUUUUUUUUUUUUUA